AUGAUAGUUCCUAACGAGGCCAAUACGCCCCCAAAAAGGCCUCCUUUGGACGCUCGGGAACAGCCCCCGCAAUUUUUGAAAGAUAUCUUCAAGCGCUUCCAAAGGCUCCCCUUAUCUGAGAUUUCUACUGAUUCUCAUAUUUUGGAUUUUACCAAAGAUACUCUGCCUCAAGGGCUAAGGCUUGAUAGAGAGAUCUCGUCGGAUGAUCUACAAUCUAUUUAUCGUCGUUUCGUUGGAGACGGAAAAGAAUUUGAUACUCCAGAAAGCCAGCCUGUUUAUAGCUGCGAAGCAUUGCCAGGUCUACUCAUAUUACCAUCUUUCCUGCCGUCACAGGUCCAAAGGGAACUCUUAUCCCGUCUUCUGCACAGAGAUCUGUCAGAUCCAGAGCACAUGACAAAUGUUCACAUGUUCUACGAUAUGCCCUAUCCAAAGGGCGUUUCUACUCCAGAAGGGACGUCUGAGGCACCUUCAUUCUUCUCAUAUUCGCCGAAGACCAAGACGGUAUUCAAUCCAAAGGACCCUAGUGUCCACAAACCUCUUACGAUGUCAAAAUUCAUGGAGAAGAGUCUCCGAUGGGUUACUCUAGGUGGGCAAUAUGAUUGGACGAACAAAGUCUAUCCGGACGAGGCGCCGCCAGCGUUUCCAACUGAUAUCAAAGACCUACUUGAGGGUAUUUUCCCAGAAAUGAAGGCUCAAGCGGCGAUUGUCAAUUUAUACAGCCCAGGCGAUACGCUUAGCUUACACAGAGACGUCAGCGAAGAGAGCGACAACGGUCUCGUCAGCAUCAGCUUGGGUUGCGACUGCCUUUUCGUUGUGGGUUUGGGCCGAGAUCCGUCCGAUUCCAUUGUGGUGCACCUUCGGUCCGGGGAUGCCUUACUCAUGUCAAGGGAAUCUCGAUUUGCGUGGCACGGCGUACCAAAGAUUUUACCAAGCUCGUGUCCCACAUAUCUCGCGUCGUGGCCUGCAGAAGAUAACCAAUACGAGGAGUGGCGAGACUGGAUGAAAAACAAGAGAAUCAACCUUAACGUUCGGCAAAUGUUCGAUUGA